GCACGACAGGACAAGCGAGCUCUGAUCGAGCACAGGUCAGUGUGACUCGUGUCACGCCAUACUAGUUUGGGAGGCUGCGGCACAGCGUAAGUGACCUGGGCAAAACAAAACAUUUCCCGGAGUUGGCUUUGGAUACAAAUGGGGCUUCGAAGGCAUGGGCGUUAGUUGCAGCUGCGAGGCACUGUAGGGCUGUGGCCAUGACUCUAGGUCGACUAGUAGGCUGCAACGAGCGUCUUUUUUCGGCUCGAAUUCGGGUGUGAUCCCUACCGGUGUCUACAAGUAACUUUUCUAUAUAGACGCAAGGUUGCGUUCGCCUCAUGUUGAUCUACUUCCUCUCGACUGCUCUACCCCCAGACCCUCAUUCACUCUUACAACGACCAUAUGGAACCAUCUUUAUCACCAAUUAAAUCGUUCAGAGGUCAUACUCAUUACUUAAACAGACUUGCAUUCUCGAAACAGAAGAAUGAACUCAAAAUUAUAAGCACCUGCGCAGAUCGGACUGUUCGGAUUUGGGAUGUAGAAACAGGGAAUCAAGUGGGAGAUCCAUUCGGUGGACACACUAGUAGCACCAGUGGACUUGCUGUAUCAAUGGAUGGUAGAAGAAUUGUGAGUGGGGCGAAUGAUGGCAAGAUCAUCAUAUGGGACGCAGAUACGAGGGAGAUCGUCAGAUGUCUGUCGCAUCACACAGACUGGGUCGGUUGCAUACGAUUCUCACCUGAUGAGAAAAGACUCGCCUCCGCAUCAUGGGACGGUACACUAAAGAUCUGGGAUGUGGGAACAGGAGAACUGGUGUUCGACAUCGAUGAUCACCAAGGUCGAAUAUCCACAGUAGCCUAUUCUCCUAACGGAACCAGGUUUGCGAGCGGGUCAUAUGAUCAGACGGUUCGCAUCUGGAACGCAGCGACUGGCAAGCAGCAAACCCAACCACUCAUCCACGACAAGCCAGCGUCCUCGAUAGUCUGGUCUCCAGACAGUCGUCGUCUCAUUUCUGCCUGUAAGGAUGGCCAAAUCUACUUCUGGAGUGCACCGACUGGUGCCCAGCUCGGAUCCCCACUGCGUGCACAUUCAGACAUGAUUAUCUCGUUGGCUAUCUCCCCUAACGGCGAGCUGAUAGCUAGUGCGUCCGUUGAUAGCACCGCUAGGCUGUGGAGCACAACGACCCGCAAACCUUUUGGUCGUGUGCUCCAGCAUGCCAAAAGGGUAUCUGCAAUAGCCUUCUCGCCAGACGGCCAGCUUGUUGCCACAGGCGGUCGGGAAAACACAAUAUUUUUGUGGGAUAUAUCUCAGGAGUCCACCAUUAUGACGAAUGCUGUGUCGCCCUCAUUCGUUUCCCCGGCUUCCCACAUAUCAAGCUACAUCGACCAGCCAUCAGCAAACUUCCAUUCUCUUCCAGCUUCUUCUGCACCGGCGCUGGACGAGCUACUGGAUGCGACCGAGUUUGCAACAGAACUUGUAGGCUCGCGUGAUGCUGCUGCCUCACAUUCCCCAUCUCUGUCUCCUCAAGGUCACUCCGAUCAUGAAAUCCCUACUCCAGUCCACACCCCUCCUCCAGUCGAGCUUUCCGACAGCAUUCAAGUACCUCCAGAAACCAUCAACUCGCGUGAUGCAGCUGCAUCCCCUUCCCCAUCUCUUCCUCCCCAAAGUUCCUUUCAUCCUCGCAUAGCGACUGCUUCAGCUUCCACUCCGGUCCUGGCCUCGCCUCCAAAGUCAUUUUGGAAGCGCUUUACUAUGUUCAAUAGGUCUGCAGCGUCUGUAGACUCCAAGCGGUGGAAAUUCCCGCGCAUUGGUAGUAUCAUGCAGCGCAAGCAUCGGAAUGCGGGACCUGAUGAUCCCCAGCAUCACCGAGUUGAUAUGUCACUGCUGCUGGGCGUGUGUUCACGAUCGUGGGUUGUUUUACUUCGAAAGUUCAAUGUGGCAGAGGACUCCAAGCCAAUGUAG